AUGCUCCCGCGGGAAUGUGCGCCGCAGAGCGCGCCGUCGCUGCGGGCCGAGCGGUGCGAGACGACGAUCCGGCUCUCCCCCGCGGCAAGCUACACGGGCGAGGUGCUGCUGGGGGUCCCGGACGGGCAGGGCAAGCUGGUGGACGUCACCGCGGGGAAGCUGGUGUACGCGGGAGCGUGGCGCGAGGGCAAGUUCCACGGGCGCGGAACGCGGUACGCGGGGGAGCUGGAGCUGGAGAGCGGGGAGUGGGAGGCCGGGCGGUUCGUGCGCGGACGGAGAGUGCGAGCGGACGGAGCGGUGGAGAUCGGAACGUUCGUAAACGGGGCGCUGGAGGGAGAGGGACGCGUGGUGUUCCCGUCGCUGGCGGCGGUGAGCGGCGUGUGGCACGAGGGCAGGCCGGUGGGUCGGAUGCGGUACGCGCUGCCAGGGUGGGAGGAGUUCGAGUACGACGAGGCGGAGGCGGAGAAGGAGGUGAAGAGACGUGUGGUGGUGAAGGAGAACUAUAUUUACUUCCGAACCACCGAGGUGAAGGGCGCGAUCCCCGACUUUUUGUUCUACUCGAACGGAGAUAUCUUUGUGGGGGAGACGCAGAUGCGGACGCGGCCGCAUAGGGGACUGUUCUUCCACAUGAUGAAGAGAGGAUAUUGUCGGAUGGAGAUGAAUGGCGGAUAUCCGGGAAUGGAGAUUCAUGAUAUUACGGUGCUGGUGACUGAGAAUAAUAAGCUGAAGAAGGUGUUGUUUUGCUAAGU